AACGCAGCCAAAGCACACGGAAGUGAAAUGACAUUCCGUGGAGUGACGUCGGAAGGGCACCGGCAGUCAGCAGAAUUGACCCUAGUUUACAAAUGCCCCUUUCAUCCCUGAUUACAAGGAAUUAGUUAUAGUCUCAUGGGUUGAACGUCGGGAAUAACUGACAAAGACAAUACUCGCUGAUCAUCACUGUAUCACUGAGAUGUCGGGAGAGACGAGUUCACAGAAUGCUAAUGGGAAAGUUAGCCGGGUCAUAAGAAUUGGAACCCGAAAGAGCCAGCUGGCUCGUAUUCAGACGGACAGCGUUGCAGAGAAGCUGAAGAGACUGUACCCCGAUGUCCACUUAGAAAUAGUUGGCAUGACAACUACAGGGGACAAAAUCCUUGACACAGCGUUAUCAAAGAUUGGAGAGAAGAGCCUUUUCACCAAAGAACUGGAGACUGCUCUGGAGAGAAACGAAGUAGACUUGGUGGUCCACUCUUUGAAAGACUUGCCCACGACUCUACCGCCUGGCUUUACCAUAGGAGCUGUGCUAAAGCGCGAGAACCCCCAUGACGCAGUGGUCUUGCAUCCCAAAAACAUGGGAAAAUCCCUUGACACCCUGCCCGACAAGAGUGUGAUAGGCACAAGUUCCCUACGACGGGCUGCUCAGCUAAAGAAAAGAUUCCCCCAUCUGGAGUUUAAAGAUAUUCGAGGAAACCUCAACACGAGGUUGAAGAAGCUGGAUGAAAAGGACGACUUCUCGGCCAUUAUACUGGCUGCAGCUGGACUCCGUCGCAUGGGCUGGGAUAGCCGAGUCAGCCAGAUCCUGGGCCCUGAGGACUGCAUGUACGCUGUUGGACAGGGGGCUCUUGCCAUCGAGGUGCGGGCCAGAGACGAGGACAUCCUGGAGAUGGUGUCUGUUCUGCACGACCCCGACACGGUCCUGCGCUGUAUAGCAGAGCGAGCCUUCCUCAGACGACUGGAGGGUGGUUGCAGUGUACCGGUUGCUGUCCACACUGAAGUCAAGGACUCUCAGCUCUACCUGACGGGAGCAGUGUACAGCCUGGAUGGUUCAGACAGCCUCAAGGAGACCAUGCAGACCAGCAUUGCUUCAGACAAUAAGGUGGAAGAGCGAGUGGAUGAGCGGGUCCAGCGUGUUGGCGUAACAGCGAACAACAUGCCAGGCCCGGCCCAGGAUGCAUCUGAGAAGCUAGGUCUAGACUUGGCCAAUCUACUGCUGAGUAAAGGGGCGAAGGAGAUCCUUACCGUGGCCAGGCAACUUAACGAUGCGCGAUAAACUCACUUUGUGCCCCCAGCUGGGUCUGGAGGUGUAACCUGCACUCACCGGUACUCAUGAUAUAGAAUAGCACUGUCAGCACCACCAGACGCUUGAGUAGUAUUAGUUUUCGUUCAGUUUGAUUGAGCCUGCUUGACUUGCCAGAACAUUAACGCACCGGUAACUGCCAAAAUAAUGUAAACGCUUGAGUAAAUGAAGAAUGCAAAGCAUAUUAAGACGGGUGCUUCCACAGAGGUUUGGUUCCUGAGUUAAUUAAGCAAUUAGGAUCCCAUCAUGCUUAGGGUCAUGUAUAAAAUGCUGGACAGGCCAUAGGAUCACAAUUCCCUCAUUCACAGGGCAUGAAUGUUCACUCAAUGGUUUGAUGAGCCUGAAAACAAUGUAAGCCAUAUGACGUGGCUGUUUCAGUCACCAGAUCUCAACCCAAUUGAACACUUAUGGGAGAUUCUGAAGCGGCGCCUGAGACAGCAUUUUCCAUCAGCAAAACACCAAAUUAUGGAAUUACUCGUGGAAUAAGGGUUUUGCAUACUGCUAAUAGAGGCACGUUGAAGCUGUCAUGGCUCGUGGUGGCCCAACACCGUAUUGAGACACUUUAUGUUUGUGUUCCCUUUAUUUGGGCAGUUACCUGUGCACACAUUGAGGGACUCCAUUUCUCACUGGGGUUCAUGCUACCUCUUUCAUCAACAGAGCUCUGAAAAUCUUGUUUGAUGAAUGACGCGUGUGACACAUUAGCGAUGUCUGUUAAACAGACCCGGAACAUGCAGGCAGGCUACAGUGACAAACUCUAGCUUAUGAGGACUAUCAGACCGAGUUCCAAGGCCACCUGUCUAAAACACCAGAGCGUCUAUUAUUAUUACUACUCAGCGUAUAUCUAUUUUUCUAUUUCCCAUGAUCGAUGUCAAGACGAUAAGGAAAAAACUGCAUAUAAAAUGCAGAUGAUGAACACUGGAUGCAGUACAAAAACUAAACUCACUGUCGGAUACCUGUGGCAUUUUCCUCUCACUGUGUUCACAAGUUCAAUGUGUUUUGAUCCUGAGAGGAUUUUUAUUGCUUGCUUGCUUUUGCUAUACCAAUUUUAAGAAUAUGAAGCAGUGUAAAAUAACACCCAACAAAUGCCAUCUGCCUACUUCAAAACGGCCUCCAUUCAUAAAUCGUCUCAGAGUAGGAGAGCUGACCAGGUACUCCCCGGCCAUGUAAUCUUAUUCAUUAUGGCAAAACUGAUCCUAGAUCAGCACUCCUAUCCUGAGAAGCUUUCUGAAUACUGGCACAGGUUUGGUAUGAUCCAGCCUACUACUCUUCAGAAUUCAACAAGUAAUCCAUAAACAUACCACUAGAUAUGGCUCCAAUGGUAACUAUAUGUGUGUAUUAUGAAAGAAAUAGAGGAAAUAAUUGAAUGUAAUGUCAUAAGCUACCUUUUAGAUCAUUUGUGGGUUUUGUUGACAAACCUUAUGCUGUCAGAUACCAUCAUUUUGUGCCUUACUUUAGUUGUCUAUGGGGCUGCUGUGCGUACAGCUUUGCUUCCAACCUAAUACAACCUUAUUACCUUGAACUACACGUAUGCCUUUUCUGUUUUACCCCUAGAGCCUGCACAGGUUUUCCUGAGUGUCGCCCCAUUGUGACCUCUCCCAACUUAUAUUUAGCAGAAUGCGUUAUGUAACAUAUGUUGCAUUACGUGGUGUUUUGUUGUUUGACUAUCGAUACUUCGAAGGUGAGAGGGUGGUUGUGCCAUAUUUCUGUUUGGCAGCUUUCUGCUUUUCCACUGCAGUGCCCAAGACAUUUUUUAAGAAGAUGCUGGUCAAAUGAUACUUGCUAUACCAUCUAUCUAUUUAUUGUUGCAGCAAUCAUCAUGACAUGACAGAAUGUGGAAAUGUAAUGCAAUCUGGAAGCGUCACGCUUUGCUUUGUCACUUUCAUGAGUUCUGUGUCCAUAAAAAGGAGCCAGCCUCAAAUAAAAGCCACAAGUUGCUCUCUA